AUGGCGGCGGUGACAGCGGCUUCUCGCGGACUCCGCGACCUUCUGACCUGGCGACUGACAGCCCCCAUGCUCCAGGGCCUCAAUCUUAGCUUUCGCCCCAUUGGCUCCUCAGCACAAGAUGAGGCCUGCAGAGCAGCCCUCGGUGAAGCCCCCGGCCACAGCUAUGAGGCCCUUCGAGUGACACCUGUCCAGAAACACAUUCUACAUGUGCAGCUCAACCGGCCCGACAAGAGGAAUGCCAUGAACAAGAUCUUCUGGAGUGAGAUGGUGGAGUGUUUCCACAAGAUAGCGAAGGACACCGACUGUCGGGCUGUGGUGAUCUCUGGCGCAGGAAGAAUGUUCACGUCAGGUAUAGACCUCGUGGACAUGGCUUCAGACCUCCUGCAACCCCAAGGGGACGAUGUGGCCCGAAUCAGCUGGCAGCUCCGUGACCUCAUCACCCGAUGCCAGGAAACCUUCAGCGCCAUCGAGAAGUGCCCCAAGCCCGUGAUUGCUGCCGUCCAUGGGGGCUGCAUUGGCGGAGGCGUGGACCUCAUCACCGCCUGUGACAUCCGGUAUUGUGCCCAGGAUGCUUUCUUCCAGGUGAAGGAGGUGGACGUGGGUUUGGCUGCCGAUGUAGGAACUCUGCAGCGGCUGCCCAAGAUCAUCGGGAACCAGAGCCUGGUCAACGAGCUGGCCUUCACCGCCCGCAAGAUGAUGGCUGAUGAGGCCCUGGGCAGCGGGCUGGUCAGCCGGGUGUUCCCGGACAAGGAGGUCAUGCUCGAUGCCGCCUUCACGCUGGCUGCCGAGAUUGCCAGCAAGAGCCCGGUGGCGGUGCAGAGCACCAAGGUCAACCUGCUCUACUCCCGGGACCAUUCGGUGGACGAGAGCCUCAACUACGUGGCGUCCUGGAACAUGAGCAUGCUGCAAACCGAGGACAUCGUCAAGUCCGUACAGGCCACCAUGGAGAAAAAGGAUAUGAAAAGCGUCACUUUUUCUAAGCUCUGAGAGCCCUCUUGUCGCAGGCCCAGGCCCGGGCCGAGGCUCCUGCCGUGUCCCGCCUCGCCCCUGCAUUUGCUCAUCUGCAGAGAGGGGGGUUGGCGAAGGUGGUGGUCUCCGUGCCCCCUCACCCGGUCUCCCAGUUUCUAACCUUAACACGCUGAUUCUCUCAUGCCUAGGCUUUAUCUUCACCCCAGGAACAAUAAAACAAUGU